AACACAACAUUGCAAUCAUAAGUCAAACAACAUUUGAGUUAAAUAUUAAUUGACAUUUGGUUUCAAUUAAUUAUAUAAUUAUAUCCUAAGACACAAAUCAAUUGCUUAGACAAUGAGAUCUAAAGUGAGGCGAAAGUUAACCACAAUUGACGAUAUCAAAGAUGGGAUCACUUUAUUCCCCGGUCGUCGUCAGUGUAACUGUGAGGCCUCCAGACAUGAAUUAGUAUCCAAUUGUCUAAAUUGUGGUCGCAUUGUAUGUGAACAGGAAGGUAUUGGCAAUUGCUUUACUUGUGGCCAAAUGGUGAUGACUCGACAACAAAGACAAUCAAUGAGACAAAUGGAAGAAGAGGGCAAACUUGCGUUAAAAGCCAUUGUUACGGAUCAACUCUUAAGUUCAGAUAAAUCGAAAAAAAAAUCAAAUUCUGGUCUCAAAGAUAUUGCAGCAACUCUUGAAAUUAAUAAGAGUUUAGCGAAAGCUAUCGGUCAUAAGGAUCAGAUGCUUGAAUUUGACAGAAACUCUUUUGUUAGAACCAAAGUGAUUGACGAUCAAAACGAUUACUUUUCUUUGUCGACACAAAAUUGGAUUUCAAAUGAUAAACGAAAAGAGUUGUCGACAAAAGUGAAAACAUUACACGAAAAUAAAUACAAAAAACAAAACAAAAUUUUAAUUGAUUUUAAUGAACGGACGGCAACUGAUUAUAAGGAUCCCGUUGUUAAAGAUUUUAACCAACAAAUUGAAAAACUAUACGAUGAAAGUCAACUACAGAGUGAUUAUGUGACCGUCGAUGCAUCACAUUUUAUAGAUAAAGAUAACACUCAACUACCACUUCUUCAAUAUGUUUAUAAUAAUCGCAAAACCAAUGACUCGAAUGAUAACAAAAAAAUUAUUGCAAAUUUAAAUAAUAUGAGAUUACAAGACAUUGAAUUGAUGUCCAUUUCUGACGAAGGAAUGUGUCUUUCAGUGAAUCAACCGUACGCUUCACUUCUUGUUUAUGGCAUUAAAAGAUUUGAGGGCCGAAACUGGUAUUCAAAUUUCAGAGGAAGACUUUGGAUUCGUUCAAACAAUAAAACACCAGAUAAUGAAAGUGUCAAAGAGAUUGAAAACUUUUACUGUUUCGCUGGUAUUAAGAAAUUUCCGAACAGUUACCCGACUUCAGCAAUACUGGGAUGCGUUACCGUUUCAGACUGUCUGCCACUUGAAGACUAUAAAGUGAAAUUUCCCGACGGAGACACUGAAGACAACUUUAUAUUGGUUUGUGAAGACCACAAACAAAUGAGUGAACCAGUCAUUGACAUCAACGGCGGCGGACUUCGUAUUUAUAAACUGAACCAAAAAAUUCAUUUAUUGUCUCAAAAAAAGUUAAAAUUAUAAAUUAUUUGUCAUUUAAUUUAUACAUUAUUUCUAAAAUA